CACUUUGCUGAAGCCGACAGACUCUUUCAGCUCCCAGCUCGAGGGGGGAGUCACAGAAAACCUCAACAGCCAAUCCAUUCGAAAGUAUGCACUGAACAUCUCUGAGAAGCGGAGGCUAAGGGACAUUCAGGAGACCCAGAUGAAGUACUUGUCGGAGUGGGACCAGUGGAAGCGGUACAGCAGCAAGUCUUGGAAGAGGUUCCUGGAGAAGACUCACGAGAUGAUGACCCACCUGGAGCUGUGGCGCAAGGACAUUCGCAGUAUAGAAGGGAAGUUUGGCACUGGGAUUCGGUCCUAUUUCUCUUUCUUGCGGUUCCUGGUGCUGCUGAACCUGGUGAUGUUCCUCAUCAUCUUCCUGUUGGUUUUGCUCCCGGUCUUCCUCACCAAGUUCAAAAUCACCAACAGCACCUUUGUGCUCAUCCCCUUCAAGGACAUGGAUAUCCAGUGCACGGUCUAUCCGGUCAGUAGUUCAGGACUCAUUUACUUCUACAGUUACAUCAUCGACUUGCUGUCUGGCACGGGUUUCUUGGAGGAGACCAGUCUCUUUUAUGGACACUACACCAUCGACGGGGUCAGGUUUCAGAACUUCACCUAUGACCUGCCUCUUGCCUACUUGAUCAGCACAAUUGCCUACCUGGCCCUGAGUCUCCUGUGGAUAGUGAAAAGGUCUGUGGAGGGGUUCAAGAUCAACCUGAUCCGGAGUGAGGAGAACGUGCAGAGUUACUGCAACAAGAUCUUCGCAGGCUGGGACUUCUGCAUCACAAACCGCAGCAUGGCGGAGCUGAGGCACAGCAGCUUGCGGUACGAGCUCCGAGCAGACCUGGAGGAAGAAAGAAUACGGCAGAAAAUAGCAGAGAGGACCUCCGAGGAGACGGUGCGCAUUUACUCCCUGAGACUGCUUCUCAACUGUGUUGUCCUGGCCGUUCUGGCCGCCUGCUUUUAUGCCAUCUACAUAGCAACCACCUUCUCGCAAGAGCACAUGAAGAAAGAAAUUGACCAGAUGGUUUUUGGAGAGAACCUCUUGGUCCUGUACCUCCCGUCCAUCGUGAUCACGCUGGCCAAUUUCAUCACUCCAAUAAUCUUCACCAAGAUCAUCCGCUACGAGGACUACUCCCCGGGCUUCGAGGUCCGCCUGACAAUUCUUAGGUGUGUGUUCAUGCGGCUGGCCACCAUCUGUGUGCUGGUGUUCACCCUGGGCUCCAAGAUCACGUCCUGCGAUGACGUCACGUGUGAGCUCUGCGGCUACAACCAGAGACUCUACCCAUGCUGGGAGACCCAGGUGGGGCAGGAAAUGUACAAGCUGAUGAUCUUUGACUUCAUCAUCAUCUUGGCUGUGACGCUCUUUGUGGAUUUCCCUAGAAAGCUCCUGGUGACCUACUGCUCGUCGUGGAAGCUGGUCCAGUGCUGGGGACAGCAGGAGUUUGCUAUCCCCGAGAACGUCCUGGGGAUCGUAUAUGGGCAGACUAUCUGCUGGAUUGGAGCCUUCUUCUCGCCCCUCCUGCCCGCGAUUGCCACCGUGAAGCUGAUUGUCAUCUUCCACGUGAAGGAGCUGAGUCUUCUUUACACCUGCAGACCUUCCCCGAGGCAGUUCAGAGCAUCCAACUCCAACUUCUUCUUCCUGUUGGUGUUGCUCAUCGGGCUAUGUCUGGCAGUAAUCCCUCUGACCAUCAGCGUGUCACGCAUCCCAUCCUCCAAAGCCUGUGGACCGUUCACCAACUUCAACACCACAUGGGACGUCAUCCCCAGCACGGUGAGCACCUUCCCUAGCUCGCUGCAGUCCCUGGUCCACGGCAUCACAUCAGAAGCGUUCGCAGUGCCCUUCUUCAUGAUCAUCUGCCUCAUCAUGUUCUACUUCAUCGCCCUGGCUGGAGCACACAAACGGGUGGUUGACCAGCUCCGAGAGCAGCUGUCCCUGGAAAGUCGUGACAAGCGCUAUCUGAUCCAGAAACUAACAGAAGCCCAGAAGGACACAAGGAACCAAGUUGCCUGAUGGUGAA